GUCACGAAACCACAGCCUAUCGACACACACGCACACAUACACAAACACUCGCGUACAUUAGCCGCUAUUUUUGUAUUUAUCUUUGUUUUAAUUAUGUUUUGUGAAUUAUAUAAUAUGAUAAUGAGCUAGCGGCGCGUUAUCUGCGUCGCCGGUGCGAGUAAAUUUUAACACGGCCGCCGCAACUUUUGUCGCUCUCUGUACGUCGUCGUAAUAGACUGUAGCGUUUAAAAAAAAUAAAUUUUAUAUUUUGUGGACGCAAAUCGUCGUCAAUUUCAUUUUUUAAUUUAUUUCAUACACAUUUACGUGUGCGCGAAUCGCCACUAAAUGUUGUGAAAUUUAUUAUAUUAUUAUACGUGCACUAAUCGCUGUAAAUUUUAUAUUAAUUAUUAUUGUGUGUGCGCUAAUCGCCACUAUUUUUAUUAUUAUUGUAUUUUAAAGUAUAGUUUUUAGGUAGCGGCUGGCCAGUCUGCUCUCCACAAAUUAAAUAUAUAAAUAUUUGGGUGAGAGUGGUCAAAUAUAAUAUUGAACUUCGAAUGAAAAUUUUCGCAUGCAUUGGUUGUUCGUGUAAUGGAAGAAGAUCAUUCAGCCCAUAAUGAUGGCUCGCCAUGGCGGGUGGAAGAAGAGCCAUUAUAUCUGUGACAAAACAAUCGUCAACUUCGUUUAAUCGUAGAAAAGAAAGCCCGAAAUUUUUUUUUAAAUAUUCGGAACUUCGUAUGGACAUUGAACGUCUUAGGGCUGACGAAGUUAUAUGGGCCAUGUACAAGCAAGGGUGGAGGGACACGUAUGCCACCGUGAUUGCUGCGCUGGCCACAGUGCCCCCUUCGCCGCCUGUCAAUCUGCGUCCCGUGACCGACGGAUCCGACCGUGGACAGGUGAGCACUGAUUCUGCGGCCACCGGACCCGUCCGUAGCCAGGCACGUGCGGCGCAGGAACGUUUCCGCUUGUCCGCCGAAGUCGCAAGAACAAUCGAUUGCCUCUACUACUCGAAUCACACACGAAACAGCGGCCUUUGUGAUAGCAGAACACCAGGAACUCGGCCAGUGAGAAGUGAAUGUCGAUAAGGCGCUAACGUGACUGUGAACCUUAGACCGUACCCAGAGGAAUCCUUACUAGGGACUUUACUAUCACCAAUAACCACGUAGAUUACCCACCCCAAUCGGACAAUCGAACACGUACAUCGACAAAAAUCGAAGAUGAAUCCGAAAAAUUCGACGACUCCCAUACAAUGGAGGAGGGACAUACAAUCGACAUACAAUUAGUAUCCCAUGUAUACUAAUGCAAAACCUAAGGAAUACUCGUCCACCGACACUAAUCGAUAACAAUGAUCUAAUGGCGGAAAACAUUUGAAACAUUAUCACCGCCACCUUGUCCACUACAUACAAUUGAAAUACCGCCAUCUCAAUCGACAAAAUUCUGCAACAGCCUCCGCUAUAAAAAUAAUUUAAUUUUCCACUAAUAAUUUUAAAAAAAAUAUUGAACCGAUAAAAAAUAAGAAUACAGAACACAUAGGAGGCCAAUUAAUUGAAUAACUAGCCAAAUCAUUCUGUAUAAUAGUUUAGUAAUUAAUUUUGAUUUAUAUCCUAAUUACAUCUGAUUACAUUAGCUCGAACUAUAAAGGUACAUAUGUAAUGCAUGCGUAAAAAAAAAAAACAAUACGAAGGAUCUAAUAACCAGAGCGCUGAGUAUGGGGUUAAUAAUCAAUGAAGAGAAAACUAAAUAUAUGGUUGUUACGAAAGGUGAUCAAUUAUACUAAAACAGAAGUUUGGAGAUUUUUGUUUUGAAAAAGUAGAAAGCUUUAAAUACCUGGGAGUUGAUAUAAAUAACUGCAAUAAUUACUAUGAAGAAAUAAAAAUGAGAAUAAAAGCUGAAAACUGGCGUUAUUUACGCUACAGAAAACCGUUAGGUCCAAGAUAUUAUCAAAAAAAUCAAAAAUGCAAUUGUACAAGAUUUUAGUGAGAUCAGUAACUCUAUACACAUGAGAAACAAGGUACCUAAAUGUCAAUAAAGGACGAAAGAAAACUGACAGUUCUAGAAAGGAAAUUCAUAUGACAUAUUUUUGGUCCUAAAAAUAACUAUCAAACAGGUAAAUCAGUGCCGGAUUACCUAUUAGGCAGAGUAGGCGCUCGCCUUAGGGCCUCACUCAUCUAAAGGGCUCUGUGAAAACGGAAAACUAAAUUUUUUUUUA